UCAGAGGUUUACGCAGUACAGGAGAGGAUCCCUGUCUUGUCCCUGCCUUGGCCGUCACAGGCUCGCCUUACCUGUGUGUUCAUUCAGGUUGUUGUGAUGCGCAUUCCCGUAGAUCCCAGCGCAAGCCGGAGGUUCAGUCCCCCGUCCAGUAGUUUACAACCUGUCCCGGUGAAAAUGAACGAGGCGAACACCAACGCGGGACAGCAAGACGCGGCGGUGCCGAGGCUGCGGCCGCAGGAGAACCGCUCUAUGGCCGAGAUCAUCGCCGACCACCCGGCCGAACUUGUCCGGACUGAUAGCCCAAACUUCCUCUGCUCCGUGCUCCCCUCUCAUUGGAGGUGUAACAAAACUCUGCCGGUAGCCUUUAAGGUCGUGGCCCUGGGAGAGGUUCCUGAUGGGACGGUUGUCACUGUGAUGGCUGGCAACGACGAAAACUACUCAGCUGAGCUACGCAACGCUUCAGGUGUGAUGAAGAACCAGGUGGCACGCUUCAAUGACCUGCGCUUACGUGGGCCCGCAGGUAAUGGGAAAAGCUUCACCCUGACGAUUACAGUGUUCACAAAUCCGCCGCAAGUGGCCACUUACCACAGAGCCAUUAAGGUGACCGUGGACGGACCGCGAGAGCCAAGGCGACACAGGCCGAAGCUGGAUGACUCCCCCAAAACGGGCCUAUUCUCCGACCGUCUGAGUGAGCUGGAGCGCAUCCGACACACCACCAUGAGGGUCGCCGUGCCAACGCAAACCCCUCGUCCCUCCCUCGGCAACCCCACCUCGUUCUCUCCUCAGGGCCAGAGCCAGAUCUCAGACCUGCGCCAGUCCCAGUCCCCCCCGUGGUUUAACGAGCAAGCGUACCCAUCGUACCUGAGUCCCAUGCCUUCCCCCUCGGUGCACUCCACCACACCUCUGUCUUCCAGCCGGGCCACAGGACUGCCCUCAAUCAGCGACUCCACGCCUCCGCAGUGCGCCCGCACAUCCGCAGGUUCGACAGACCUGAGUCCUUUCCCUGGCCAGUUUGAGCGCCAGUUCCCCGGUUUCUCCUCACUCACCGAGAGCCGAUUCUCCAGUCCACGAAUGCACUACCCAGCCACCUUCACCUACACGCCCACGCCUGCCUCCACGGGCAUGUCACUGGGCAGUGCCCAUUACCACACCUACCUGCCCCCACCAUACCCCGGCUCAACCCAGAGCCAAAGUGGACCCUUCCAAAGCAGCAGCACCCCCUAUCUCUACUAUGGGGCCUCCUCAGGCUCCUACCAGUUCUCCAUGGUUACGGGAGGAGAUCGCUCGCCGUCCAGGAUGCUCCCGACGUGCACUAGUGCCUCGACUGGCACCACGCUGGGCAACUCCAGUCUCCCCGCCCAGGGCGAUGGGGCCGGCGACGACGACGGCAGUCAUAGCAACUCGCCCACCAUCCUGAACCCGGCGGGGAGGAUGGACGAAGGGGUGUGGCGGCCAUACUGA